AUGACUGCGCUCCACCUGAUGCUUAAUAUACCGACGUUUAAACUAAAUAAUGGGAUUGAAAUCCCAGCUCUGGGUUAUGGAACAUGGCUUGGUCUUGACGAAAAGGCCAAUUUCAGUACAGAAGAUUUACCGAAAAUGAUUGAUGCAAUGUCUUACGCUAUAGACAUCGGCUAUCGACACUUCGACACGGCUCAUCUAUACAGGGUCGAACCUGAAGUAGGACAAGUUUUAAAUAAGAAGAUCAAAGAAGGAGUGGUCAAAAGAGAAGAACUUUUUGUGACCUCGAAGUACCAUCGUGAGGCUGACGUAGAGGUAUCAGUACGAGCGUCACUGAAACGGCUAAAUUUGGAUUAUCUAGACCUUAUCUUGAUACAUUGGCCAAUGUCGAUCACUGAAGAUGGAGUAGAUGAAAAAAUCGAUUAUUUAGAAACUUGGAGAGGAUGUGAAUCAGUACUAGAGAAAGGUCUGGUGAAAUCAAUCGGUAUUUCCAAUUUCAAUGUAGAGCAAAUAAAGAGACUAAUUGCCAACAGUAAGGUUGUUCCGGCAUCGUUGCAAAUAGAAGUUAAUUUAAAUUUGGGACAAAAUGAGCUUGUAGAUAUCUGUCAUGAUCAUGGUAUAGUAGUUGUCGCGUAUUCGCCUUUUGGCACGAUGGUACCAAGUCGAGCAGCUCCUAAUAGUCCGGAACCGAAGUUGGAUAAUCCAACAAUGCUGGAGAUUGGUAAAAAACAUGGUAAAACUGUUACGCAGAUUGCACUCAGAUACAUGUUCCAACGUGGUAUUGUGAGUGUCCCUAAAACUGUAACUAAAAGUAGAGUGUUGGAGAAUGCUCAAAUUUUCAACUUCAUACUAGAUGAGAAUGACAUGAAAACUUUGUCGGAAUUCGACAAUGGAUAUCGAACAGUGCGACCAGUGUUCUGGCAAAACUUUACAAACUAUCCAUUCGAGAAGUUGCCCGGACUUGAACAAAUUGAAAUACCUUUAUCACUACGAAAAUGGAAGAAUGGACUUAAUUUAGAUAUUGAUUAAGUAAAAUCUAUACAAAAUUUAUGAGAUAUUUUAGUCCAAUUUUCUAUACUGAUAAUCUUGUUUUCAUUCUAUAAUGUGUGCAUUUAGUAUAAUUUAGGAACUUACUAAUAGUAUAGAAUGAUGUUACAUUGAGUUGACUGUGAAUUAUAAAUGGCAAAUAUAAUAAUAUCUUUUAUUGUUACUGUUUUUUGAUAUGUGGUUAUCAUUUAAUUUAGAACUACCUGUUUCUCAGUGACUUCGCCUGAAAAAGUAUUUUAUAUUAGUAGUUCUCGCUCAUGCAGUUAUCAAAGUCUUGAAAGUCUGGAAAACUUUAAUAAUGUGUAAUUAAUCUUUAUUUUUAAGAAUUACAAGAAUUAAGAAAAACACAGACUCAUGUAAAGGAAAACAUAGCUAUUUCAGGAGACAAUGAUAGCCUCUUAUAUGUAAAUAAUGUUUAAUUUAAUUACCAACAUGAUAUAAAAUCGCUUAAUUUAAGUUUUGAUGAACAGAGUGCGUUAAUUUCAUAGUCGAAAAUAUAAAACCUACACCGACUAUAAUAGUCUUAUACAUUAAUACCAAUAUUAUAACGAGAUAAGAUUUGUUCUUGUUUGCAUUGAAUAGAUCUCGAAACAACUGAAUCGUUUGUUUUUUAAAUUCUUGUACACACAGGAACAAACAUUAUAUGCUGGUAACAUUAAAUAAGUG